AUGGUUGGUAACAAGGGCUACGAGGAGGAUUCGGCUCCAUGGGGAGCUCCUAGCGUGACCCCGAGAGAAGCAGAACCAACUGUUGAAUCUGCGCUGGAGAAAGAACGUAUUAUCAAAGAUAUUGUGCAAUUGCGAGACGGACUUCGCGGUUUGAUGGUCCGAGUGACAGAAGUGGAAGGUGACACCGAGAAACUGGCAAAGGAUAAUGAGCUUCUCAGCGUUUACAUCGACAAUUUAACACGAAAUUCUGUCGUUGCCGCUGGGAACAAGCGAUGA